UUGGCCAUCGCCUUAAUGACCCACCAGGUCGCUGCGGGCACCCUUAGCUUCGGCAACUUUAUGGGUGACGUGUCGCAGGUGGCUGUGGCCGGAGAAAAGGCUUGGCAUCAGCUGGCGAACGCUGUCGGAGUCUCUCAACCCGAAAUUGUUCAACCGGAAACCCUAAACAUCCUCAGCGAUAUGGCCAAUGGUUUAGGAGAUCUGGCUAAUGCCAUCACCAGCCUGAGCGUCGAGACUGAUUAUGUCCAACCCGAAGCCUCAAAUCUUCUCGGGGAUGUUCUGGAUGACGUGGGCACUGGGUUGGGUGAUUUGGCUAAUGCCAUCACAAGUCUCAGUGUGCAAGUGAAGGCCGGACCACAGGCUCGGAGUAUCUCUUCUGACGGUGCUUCGAUCAUAGCCGAAGGAGGAGCUGUGAGUGCCAAGACGAUCGCCGCUGCCGCCAAUGCUGCUGCCCCUUAUAUCAAGAAAUUGAACGAGGGCCUGGGCGAUCUGGCUAACGCCCUCACCAACCUCUGAAGAGACAGGAGGUAGAGGCAGUGGCAGAGGCUGAGGCAGAACUUUGAAGCAGUUCAAUUAACAAAUAAAUAUCCAAUCGUUUGGUGAGCUUA